UAAUUCAAAGAAAAAAUGAGUGGAGAAGGAAAGGUGGGUGUGACAGGAGGGUCUGGUUACAUAGCCUCCUGGCUAAUCAAAUUCUUGCUUCAAAGAGCUUACACUGUCAAGGCCACUGUUCGUAAUCCAAAUGAUCUGAAGAAAACUGCACACUUGCUUGCACUCGAGGGAGCCAAGGAAAGGCUUCACUUGCUCAAAGCUGAUUUAUUGCAAGAAGGAUCUUUUGAUGCUGCAGUUGAUGGUUGUGAAGCUGUUUUCCACACAGCUUCCCCUGUAUCUCUUCAAGCCAAUGCGGAUCCUCAGGCAGAACUAGUUGAUCCUGCAGUGAAGGGAACUCUAAAUGUUCUUCGAUCUUGUGCAAAAGUUCCUUCUAUCAAGAGAGUGAUUAUAACAUCUUCAUUCGCUUCUCUUCCAUACAAUGGAAAAAUUCUGGCCCCUGAUGUAGUUGUUGAUGAGACUUGGUUUUCAGAUCCAGCUGUUUGUGCAAAACGGAAGCUCUGGUAUCAACUUGGGAAAACGUUAGCUGAGCAGGCUGCUUGGGAAUUUGCAAAAAACAACAAGAUGGAUUUUGUUACAAUACAUCCAGUGUUUGUCCUUGGUCCUCUUUUGCAGCCAACUAUUAAUAGCUCAAUCGAGAUACUUUUCAAUCUCAUAAAUGGAGGAGCUCAAGAGUAUCCUGAUGCAUAUUAUAGAUCCAUCGAUGUGAGAGAUGUUGCAUAUGCACAUAUUCAAGCUUUGGAGAUUCCUUCAGCUAGUGGCAGAUAUUGUUUAAUUGAAAGCGACGUUCACUUCUCUGAGGUUCUGAAGAUUGUGCAGCAACAUUAUCUUACAUUGCACCUUCCAAAAAAAUGUGGCUCCGGAUUGAAUUACUUAACAAAGUCUGGGGUAUCCAAGGAAAAAGCGAAAACUUUGGGUAUUGACUUCAUUCCUUUGGAGGUUAGUUUGAAGGACACUAUUGAAAGCUUGAAGGAGAAGGGCUUCCUCAGCAUUUGAUUUUUGCUGUUGGAUGAAAAGCAAUGGAAAUUGUUGACUGAUGAGACUUUUUUACUUAAGUUUUAUUUAAUGUUUUGUUUAUGUUGAGAAUUUGAAUCAUAAUA